AUGACUAAAUAUGUAAUAGAAUUAGUUUACAAAUCGAUGGCAUCUUUUGCUUCCUAUCCUAAAAAAGGCAACAAAUACUAUAUUCCAGAAAUUGCAAAUCAAUUCAUUUCAGGAAAAUGCUUUUUGAAAAAUGGAGAGUAUAAAUUCAUAGUUACUUUGAGAAAGUCAAAUGGUGGGAAAUUCAAGCUUUUAAUGUUUUUUCCUGAUCAUAUAAAUGGUGGAGAUGAUGAAGAAGUUUACGGGUAUCAAUAUUUCAGGAUUCUCUUGCUAGAUAAAUCAGAGAAUAAGUUUUUAAGGGAGUGCUAUUCGAAUCGUAAAAGAAAGAUCCAAAAGAAAGUGAAACAAUUCAUUGAUGGAAUAUUGGAGGAAAAUUUAGAUUUCGAGUCUAUUUGUGCCUGUAUUGUCGGUUUGGUGUAUAGUCGAGGAUAUCUUGUCAAUUAUAUGAAACCUGGUAAAAGAGUUUGGAAAAAUGUGCAAAAUCUUGUACCAAGAAAAAGAAAAACUAAAUCUGCCCCAAUUCAAGCUGGUCAAAUAGGAGAUGAUGGUUUGGAUCUUGAUCCUCUUACUAUAUUUUGGAUAGAUGAAGAGCUCACUGCAGCUUAUGAUUAUGGAGAUGUCAAAACAAUCAAAAAUCCAAAAAUCAAAGAUGAAGCUUUUGAGUAUGUCUCAAAUCUCAUUGCAAAUUAUAGAGCUAUCAAUAGAGAUGACAUAGACUAUCAAACCUAUGGAGCUUAUAAGGAUGCUCAUGCCCUUUACUCGGAGCCAAUAGUCGAUGUCCAUGAUUUUGAUUAUCAAGAAAAGAGUCUUUAUUAUGUUAAUGGAAGGCACCAUUAUUGUGUUAUUGUUAGUGGAUAUGACGAAAUUGUAAUUUGUGGAGAAGCUUCUAACGAAAUAUUCUAUUGGACUCCUUAUUGUUUUUUCAGAGUUGGAGAACCAGAAGAAGGAACGUGUGAUGAAACAGAUACAAAUUACGAUUAUUCACAUCUGAAACCUUUAAAAGAGCUCCAAAGUGUCACUUUUGAUAAUGUAUUAGAAAAUAUAGAGGAAUUUUUUGCCCAAUUCAAAUAA